AUGAGUGAACCAAAAACGGAAACGUUAGCGGCCCCAGAGGCAUCACCUCAACCAGAAGUCAGAGCAAUAGACGAUGAUGUGGCCUCGAUACCCUCCUGGCGAAAAUGGGUCAUUCUCUUUGUCGUCUGCUGGAUGCCUCUGCCCAUGACUUUCUGGAGCACGGCCAUCAUGCCUGCCACCAUCGAAGUGGCCUCGGACCUGAACAUACCCAUGACCACUAUCACAACAGUCAACGCUGGAGUUUUCGUCGCACAAGCUCUGUCAGGACUAAUUUGGUUACCGAUCAGCACUAUCAUCGGUCGAAAAUCUGCGUAUCUUGCUGCAAAUGCUGUGCUUUGUCUCUGUGCAAUUGGUUGCGCUGUGGUUCCGAACCUAGCUGGAUUUGCAUCCCUUUGGAUUCUUGGUGGGACUGCAGGGCCAUUCUUUCUGGUAGCGGGACAAACUAUCCUUGCUGACAUCUUUGAUCCUACUGUUCGUGGGACAGCUGUGGGUUUCUUUCUAGGAAGUUGUGUUUCUGCCAACACGAUUGCUCCUCUCCUCGGUAGUGUAAUUGCUACAUAUACUAGCUGGAGGGUCAUAUACGGCGUGGAAGCGGGCAUGUCUCUCUUCGGUCUUAUUCUUUCCGUGUUGUUCAUCCCUCGAGCAAGUGAAGUUGAGAAUCCAAAACUCGCCGAGCCACGUCCUCGAACAAGGAGAGAAAUUGUCCAAACAUUCAACCCUAUGCACGUGCUUUGUCAAUACUCAUACCCCAAGGUCAUCAUCGCAAAUAUCGCUUGCGGUCUCUUGGGUUUCAACCAAUAUGGUCUUCUUAGUUCUGUCCGCCGCGUCAUCAACCCUCGCUUUAAGCUCGACUCCCCUCUUUCCAGCGGUUUAUUCUAUCUUGCCCCAGGUGCAGGCUUUCUUGUUGGAAGUACAGUGGGUGGUAAGAUUUCUGAUAUUGUCGUCAAACGAUAUAUACGCAAGCGAAACGGAGAAAGGUGUCCCGAAGAUCGACUGAACAGCAGCUUGCCCAGUAUUCUCAUCAUAUUACCUCUCGGUACUCUGCUUUACGGAUGGAGUGUUCAGACUAGAAUAGGUGGCAUGGCGUUACCGAUUGUCAGUUCAUUCAUUGAAGGAUUUGGACUUAUGGCGUCGUUCAGUGGAUUGAAUACAUUUGCUGCUGGUAAGUUGAAAUCUAUGUGCUUUGUUGUUCUUGCUGACACUUUUACAGAAGUACGUCCUGCACAUAGAACUGCUGUGAUCACGGGCAAAUAUGUCAUUCAGUACAGCUUUGGUGCCAUAAGUGUUGGCGGAGUAGUUCCCAUGAUUGAUGGUAUUGGGGUAGGAUGGGCGUUUACUGUCACCACAAGUCUAUCCCUCGUUGCGGGCGUUUUUGUCUUAUUAAUUGCAAGAUUCAGUAGAACUUGGAAACAGUAG